AUGGGGUCCUCCGCGAUAGACUGGCCCGAGGUGGUGCAGGCCACCAUCACGGGCUAUGACGCGCAGGCGUCGUACCAGUGGAGGGAGGUGGAGCGGCAAUGGCGGAAAGAGGACAUGCGGUGGCGCGAGGAGGAGCGGACGAAGCUGCAGCUGGACGUGGCGCAGAUGAACCGGCAGAUGGAGUGGAGGCAGGAGGACCGGAGGUUCCGGUACGCGGAGGUGGAGCAGCGCGCGGUGGACAACGCGCGGUACCUCUGGCUGCGUUUCGUGGAGAAGAACCGCCGCGAGGUCGAGGAGAAGGCGCAGCUGCUGCGUCUCAUGUCCGAGCUCUCCGCGCUCAUCGCGGGUUUCGCGGUCGUCGGCAUCCUGGAGUUCAACGUCGACUUCGACGACACCUCCGAGCCGCUCCUCGCGCUCUUCGCGGCCUUCACGGCGCUCACCGUUGGCCUCACCGCCAACUCCAUGAUCGUCUGCGCCCUCAUGCACGCCGCGGUGCUGCGCAUCGGCAAGUCCUUCGUCGGCGAGGUCGAGGAGGCCGAGUUCAUGCGCGCCUGCCUCGCCUACGCCCGCGGCACCGCGCCGCCCGACGACCCAUUUGCGCGCAACGCGGGAACCACGCCGGUCAACAAGCCGCGCUGCCCGACCGACGCCGCGCCGCCGCAGCCGCGGAGGAACUUCAACACGUACUGGGUGCACCGCUGCGAAGAGGAGUGGCGCUGGUCCUUCCGCAUGUUCUCCCUCGGCGUCGCGUGCUUCCUGUCGUCGCUGGCGUGCUCCUUCGCCAUCAAGUUCGACGGGUCCGACGCGACGCGCUGGCUCGGCAUCGCGCUCAUCGGGUCCGCGUUCCUGUACUGGGCGUUCAACCAGCGGCAGUUCUCGGACUUCCUGCUGCGCGACGAACAGCUCGGGGCCACCACGUGGCUGGGGCAGGCGGGCGAGGGCAAGCGGGGCGGGGACGACGGCGCCGCGAACCUCGUGAUGCAGGACCAGCCGUGGUGCUGGCACAACGAGCCCGCGGCCGUGGAGUUGGAGUCGCGGGACACGAGCCCGGGGGAGUCGGUGCUGGACGGCGGCUUCACGGACGGGUCCUGCACGAGCGGGCGGCGCAGCGCGCAGGACAUGGCGUCCGCCAGCAGCGGGCAGAUGGACGAGGGGGGGCUGCGCAGUCCAAACGGCGUGGCUGUGCACGUGCCGCGGUGA